AUGUCUUUUAAAGGAAAAACCACACUCAUCACCGGCGCAAACAAGAACUUGGGAAAGCAAACCGCAAUUGCCUUUGCCAAGAACGGCAGCGACCUUGCUCUGCACUACCACUCUGCUAAGGAGAAGGAGGCCAUCACCAAGUUCGCUUCUGAGCUCGAGUCCGACUACAAGAUCAAGACACUUGUGCUUGACGGUGAUCUGACCUCUGAGAAGGAUGCAAAGAACAUUUUCGACUCCACUAUUUCCAAGCUCGGCAAAAUCGACUAUGCCAUUAACAACGUUGGUAUGGUUCUGAGAAAGCCUCUUGCCGAGACCACCUUGGACGAGUACAACACCAUGUUCGACGUCAACACCAAGUCUGCCUUCCUGUUCCUCAGAGAGGCCGCCAACAAGGUCGCCGACGAGGGAUCCGUGAUCAUGCUCACCACCUCGCUUUUGGCAGCAUACACCCCAGGUUACUCCCUGUACCAGGCUGCCAAGGCCGGUGUCCACCUGAUGUGCAAGACUCUUUCCAAGGAGACCACCCGCAAGAUCUCGUUCAACUGUGUGUCGCCAGGCCCAAUGGACACCCCAUUCUUGUACGGCCAGGAGACUAAGGAACGUGUCGAAUUUUUCAAGACCCAGAGCUCGUAUGGCAGACUGACUGAAGUUUCUGACAUUGUUCCAAUUAUCGUUUUUUUGGCAAAGGACGGACACUGGAUGACUGGACAGAACUUGUUUGCCAGCAACGGUUUCACUGCUCCUAUCUAA